AUGUCGCUUCCUGACACGCCCGCGACGGGGCCAACAUUUUUCGGUUUCGCUGGCCACACUGAGAUCUUCCAAGAGACAAAGAACUACCUCUCCCAGCUCCGAAUAUUCGACACUGACUUUGACAAUGCAUCCGUAUCAGGAUCGACAUCACACUGUCGAGUCAACUUUCAGGACCUGUCACCCACAAUACGCCAGACUUGUCUUGCAAUCCUGGGCUGUGUAUUCGGCCCGACCUAUCAACAGCUACUACUGCAGAAUACGAUGCAAAAGCCAACACCGUUCUCGCAUUUCUUGGUUCCUGUCAUCGUCGACUCGUUACACACUGCUUUUGGACCCCAUUCGUACAACCGAAAGGAAGACCUGGAACGCAUUGCCGAGCGGAUAUGCAACAACAGCAGCCGACCGUUCCUCGACAUUCAUACUAGCCCAAAGGCUUGGAUGGAUCAGUUCUGUGGUCCUAACCUCAGAUGGGAGGCACUCGGUCUCUUGUGGAGCACUUUAGCGACCUUGCCAAACUCUUUCGAUCCCCUCGAGGAUGCUCAACUCAACAAGACAGGAGUCAAGACGCAACCGGCAUCUGCCCUGUCAUUCUUGGCUCGAUGCAUUGAGUUGGCACAAAACUUCACCGAAGGAAAUGACUUGCUGAUUAAUCUCUAUCGUCUGAAGGAAACAUCCCAGUCGGGUAUUACAGGUGACGCGAGCCUUAUCUGUUGGGUAACCCACGCAGAGGCAGUCGCCAUGAUGACGUACCUAGGAGGCCACGCGCAAAAGGAUGGUCCCAACUACAGGCCCUCUUUGUGUUCAGAGUACAAACGACAUCUCUUCGCCCAAGUCUACUCCGUCGAUAAACAUGGUGUUGCAUUCACAGGACGCCCACCGCUGCUUCAUCGUCAAUACUGCACAACUCCCCUUCCUCUUGACUUGGGUGAAGAGGAGCUUGUAGCUGAUGAAGCUACAUUCGCGAACGCUGUUUCUGCAUUGGAUGCGAAUGGCUGGAAUACGCAUGGAGGCAUCUAUGUGUCUACGUUUUGCCGGGCGCGUCGCGAGAUGGACACCAUCUCCCAAUUCCCAGCCGGACUGGUCUAUAACCCUCAAGACCUUGCCGACACAAGCAUCGACUCGGAUAUUCUUACCGUCAGAAUGCUGCUUCAGAUUACACAUCUACAGAACUUGUUUUUACUGGAACGACUGAUGCUGCGACACGGCGCUCCAGACGAGGGGGACUUGCUCAUAACAACGUUUGAGAUUGUGACUCUGACUCUUACCUUUUGGACGCAGAAAGAUCGUUUCUCUCAAGUCCGUCGUUAUUUCGAGUGGCUGGUAUGUCCCAAGCUGUGCGGUUUGUUUAGCAGCGUUACUGACAAUGACCUAGUUGAUGGCUUUCGCGGCACCAGGAGGUGGAAUUCUAUGCCUCGAGCUCCUACAACCCACGUUUCACUGGAAACACCCCAAAGAUGA